GAGAGAGAGAGAGAGAGAGAGAGAAAGAGAGAGAGAGGNCAGUGGCAGUGGCUUGACGCGAGCUCCAACACGCACUGACGCUCUGGCGCUCUGGACGGAGAGCGAUAGAGGGAGGGAUAUAGAAAGUGAGGGAGAUAGAGAGCGUGCGUAGGUGCGCGUGCGUGCUGACCUUGGUCCGAGGGGGUACCAGGUUGGUGUUUGGAGGGAGCGGCUUGGCGUACAAGAGGAUCGCCAGGCGUAUCGGCUUGUAACCGAUCCAAUGGCGUCGUCGGGCCAAGAUGCAUUGCGGGACGAGGCUGUGCGCCUUUCUGCUGCUCCCGCUUCAAAUGUUGGAGCGCUAACCAGCCUGACUUCCAAGCUGCUGGAUGAAUCAACUCUUCUCAUGCCUGCCAAACAAGCUCUGGAUGCCAUGAUCAAUGGGCUCAGGUCUUCUGUCCAAGCACAUCGAGACAUUCCGGAGGUUGAAAAAGUUCUUGCUCACUAUCUCCAGGCGUCCGAAACGCGCUCAGUGGCCUUUGAAGACGUGACUUGCCGCGCUCGUGAAGUAUUGGCUGAUAUCCUUGAGAGCCGCGAAGCCUGGGUGGACGCAGCGCGCGUCCUGGCAGCCAUCCCCCUGGAAUCAAGCCAUCGUCACGUGGAGACAGAGUACAAAUUUCACAUUUACUUGCGCAUCGGGGCCCUUUACUUGGAGGAGGAAGAUGCUGGCAUGGCCGAGACCUAUGUCAGCCGCGCAUCCAUGAUUGCCCACGAAGUCAACAAUACAGAGCUGCAGUUCAAGUUCAAGGUGCAAGCCGCACGUGUCAACGACGCCAAGCGCAAGUACCUCCAAGCAUCUCAGCGCUAUUUGGACCUUUCUUAUACCAUUCCCGACGAGGAGGCCCGCCAAGCAGCCUUGUCCCAAGCCGUGACCUGCGCAGUGUUGGCCCCGGCUGGCCCGCGCCGAUCUCGACUGCUUGCCACCCUUUUCAAGGACGAGCGCACACAUGCUCUUCCUCAAUUUCACACACUUGAAGCCAUGCACCUUCAGCGCAUCGUGCGGAGCGAGGACCUGGCCAAGUUUGCAGCGGGUCUGGCAGAACACCACAAGGCGCGCACUGCUGAUGGCUCCACGGUGCUGGAAAAGGCGGUGGUUGAACAUAACAUGCUGUCUGCCACCCGCGUCUACGAUAACAUUACCCUCGAAGAACUGGGUCGCCUCGUCAACGUGUCCACGGAGCAGGCAGAGCAUACAGUGGCUCAAAUGAUUGCCGAUGGACGGCUCAGCGGUCAAAUCAAUCAGUUGGAAGGUCGAGUCACUUUUGCAGACGCGGAACACUUGGUGCAGGAUUGGGAUGCGGCCAUUGCUGCUCUCUGUGCUCAUGUCAACGGUCUUGUGGAGGAAAUUGGUCACAACCAUGCCGAUUGGCUGGCGGCUCGCGCUGUAGCCACAAGCUGAGCUUAAGUUUUAAUGCUGACUGCUUGGCAGCGUGCUGUGUCUUCUCCAUGGAUGUCUCGGUGAUGGACGGUGUUUGUGGGUAUGGUUGUUGGCAAGAAGCAACAAUUCAGUCCGCCCGAAUUGAAAUGGCAUUGU